UUUCCUCCGAGGAGAAAAAGGAAAACAGACGGGGGCUGCAAACAGAUCGCCGGCAAGAUUCCGUCGUCUCGGUGCAGCGUUGCUUUUCAGUCGGUGUUAAAUUGAAGAAACAGUUCAUCACUUGCCGCGUCGAGUCUCGUCGACGGCACACACGACCAUGGCUGCGGAAGGCCACUGUCCACUCGCCGAUCCCGGCGUUACGUACUCCGUGUCUGUGUUCGCGUACCUUGGACUUUUUUUCGCCGUCUACCUCCUGUGCCGCAUCCUGUACGUGUUAUGGCAGGGAUUCUACACCUGCUACCUGGCCCGGUGGCUCGGACACAACAUUAACUUUCGCAAGAUGGGCGAGUGGGCCGUUGUAACGGGCGCUUCAGAUGGCAUUGGCAAGGCAUACUGUGAGGAGCUUGCUGCACGGGGUCUCAACAUCGUGCUCAUCAGCAGGACUCUAGAGAAACUCCAAGCAGUGGCUCAUGAAAUUGAGGAGGCAUCGAAUGUCAAGACCAAGGUUAUUGCCGUUGACUUCACAUCCAGUGGUGACAUUUACAGUACGAUCCGGAGGGAGCUGCAGGGUCUGGAGAUCGGCGUGCUCGUGAACAAUGUUGGCAUCAGUUACGUUUACCCAGAGUUCUUCAGCGCAGUUCCUGAUGGCGACAAGGUCAUGGAGAGCAUCAUCAGGGCCAACUGCAUUGCUGCAACCAUGAUGACGCGCAUUGUCCUGCCUCAAAUGGAUGAGCGUCGCCGUGGAGUCAUCAUCAACGUGUCGUCCAUCUCGGCAAUGCACCCGCUGCCCCUGCUCAGUGCAUACGCCGCCUCUAAGGCUUACCUGGACAACCUGUCUCAAGGACUUCACGCUGAGUACAAGGAUCGUGGCAUAUUUAUCCAGUCUGUGAUGCCAGCGUACGUGUCCACGAAGAUGUCAAAGAUCCGCAAGGCCACCUACAUGGUCCCCACGGCCACCACCUACGUCCGCGAGGCCCUCAACACGGUUGGCAUCGAGCACGCCACCUACGGCUAUGGUCCGCACAAGAUUAGGGCUCUGGUCCAACGGAAGCUCAUGGAGUGCCUGCCCCACAACGCAUUCAUGAACAUCUCGAAAGCGUCGCUACUCCAAAUCCGCAAGCUGUACUACAAGAAGAAAGGCAUCGAGGACACCUUUUUGGGAAAACGCAGCUCCGGCGCCAGCGCAGGGGAGGGCGAUGCUGGAGAGCAGAUCAAGAGUCAAUGAAAGAAAGCGGAAAGCAUCGUCAAUCAUCUGCUUCAAACUUCUCACGUGCACAUUGGCGCGUAGAGAUGACAUGCAGGAACUCAUCACUUUCACACCUGUAACGAGUGCUCGGAUUUUGGGAAAAGGGACAGUUGGGGAUGGGUGGGGAUGCUACUUUAGCCACUACUGCUACCAAUGUUGAGGAGGAGAGGUUCUACUUUUUUCAUGUACCAUAGUGUGUUAAACCUGGGUUUUGAUUCUUGCCAUGCAGUUUUUGUCUCAUGCUCAAACAUUUCCAUGGGGGGACCUUGUCGCGUGUUCCGAUGCCUUGCAUUCCAUGUUUCAUUUGUACAGAGAUGCGCUGUGCUUUGUCUUUGUGGCUUUUUUUUCUAGUUUUGUCACGUUGUGAAAGGUCAAUAAAGGUUUUGUAAAAGUA